AUGGAUAGUUCUCUUUCGGACCUAGUUCAUGACUACCAACUAACCACGCGUUACGAGGGUGCCUACACUAUUCACUACCAUCGCGAUCCUGAUGCACCCCCUUCAGCCCCUCAUCGUCAAGAACGGUGGAAAAAAGUUCGUACUCUUGGUCAUGGUGGCCAAGGGGAUGUUAUCUUACAAACAUGCACCGAUGGAGGUCGAAGCUUUGCCAAUCGCGCCGUAAAACGAAUUUGGCUGGAGAGUGAGAAUUCCAAACGAUACUAUAGACGCGAGCUCGAAUCCAUAGUCAAGUUCUCCCAUGAAAAGUACGCUCAGUAUUUUGUCAAGUCCCUCGGAUGGUAUGCGACAUCGAACAAGCUGUACAUAGCUAUGGAAUACUUUCCAGAUGGAGACUUGUAUGCCUACAUUCGCGACCACAGACGUCUGACAGACGAUGAAUGUAGCCACAUCACUAGUCAACUCCUGUCGGGUGUCGCUGUUAUGCACGAAGCAGGAUUUGCCCAUCGUGACGUGAAGCCUCAGAACAUUCUAGUCUCUAAAAUCCCACAGGACCUCGCCCCAAAUUCGUGGUGGGUGAAGCUUGCUGACUUCGGUAUCAGUAAGAAACUGGGGGCGGAGACGACCGGAACAACCCUGGCUCCAGGGACUCCAUUAUAUAUGGCACCCGAGCUCCUUCAAUACAACUCUCAGAGCAUCCUUGCCGAGAAUUACUUCAAGGCAGACAUAUGGGCUAUAGGGAUAACUGCUUUCUUCAUUUUGACAAAAAGCGUACCAUUCCGAAGUCAGCUUGCAAUAUUGCACUAUACAGGGAACUUGGAAGACCUUGCAACUAUUCUUGUCAGUUUCCAAGUCACUGAGAAUGCUCAGAACUUUGUCGCUGAGAUAUUAAAACGUCAACCGUGGGAUAGACCUGACGCAGAAAGGGUAAAGCAACAUACAUGGAUUCGCCAUUGGCUGCCAGAAAUUCCAACGCCGGCGGCAUUAAGCAGGCAGCCUUCAAUUUCGUCCUGUCGAAGUUCUGUUCAAGAUAGCACGGGGGUAACAACAGAGAUCUCGACGCUAGCCUCGCAAACCGUUUCGCAAAGAUGGACUGGCAAUUUCCAUGAUCUUGACAUUUUGCCGAAGACCCGAGAUCAGGUACAGAAUAUGUACAACAUUACUUCCAGGGUAGGAGAAAUGGAAAUUCCGAUUGCAGAGACACAAUGGAUUACCGAAAAGCAAAAUCAUAGGCCUGCCAGCAUGGGUAAUCUGAUACGAAAUCCACAAAACCCUGGAAUAUGGCGAGACGUUAAUAUCUUACAAAAGCUCCGUGGUUGGGGUGGCCAAAAAGCUACUUGA